AUGAAUUAUAAUUAUCCAAAUAUUCGCAUACUUAUGGUUGGUGUAGGUGGUAUUGGAUGUGAGAUUCUGAAAAUUGUCAGCAAAUUCACUUUCCAAGAAUUUCACAUAAUAGACAUGGACACCAUAGAAGUCAGCAAUCUUAAUCGAUAAUUCUUGUUCAGAUUGGAGCAUAGAGGUUAAUCAAAGUCUCUGGUUGCAGCAGAGACCAUGAAGAAGAUGGCACCAUAAUUAAAUAUUAUUGCUCACUUUGCUGCCAUCAACUCUCCAGGGUACACUAUGGAUUUCUUUCGAUAAUUUGAUGCUGUGAUCAUGGCAUUGGAUAAUGCAGAAACUAGAUCUUAUGUGAAUAAAGUGUGUCAGGCCUUGGGAAUAUUCAUAGUAGAUGCUGGCUCCAUGGGAUUUAAGGGCUAGGCCAAUGCUUAUUAUCAAGGAACAGUGUGUUAUGAUUGUUAUCCAAUUGCCACUACUUAGAAGCAAUACCCAGCAUGCACCAUUCGAUCAUAACCUAGUAAUUGUACUCAUUGUGUAAUUUGGGCUAAAUACCUAUUUACCUAACUAUUUUCAGGGGAGGUUGGAAUUUUGGAGGUCGAGGGAUUUGAUAAGAGUUAGCCAAAUUCAGUUUUCAAUAAAUUCUUUAAAGGAGAAGAAAUGCCUAAUUCUAUUGACAUAGUGGAGCAUGAACUUAUUAAGAAGUACCAUUUUGCAGAAAGGAAGGAGUCUCUUGAAGAAUUGCAAGGCAUGUGGUUUUACGCAUAUGAUGAACUCAAUCACUUGGGAUAAUUAUAAUACGAUAAAGAUGAUGACCUUCAUGUCUUGUUCAUUUAUGCGAGCACUGCUUUGAGAUGUAGGAAUUUCAAGAUCGAACAAUAUGACUACCAAUAGAUUAAAUCUAUAAGUGGAAAUAUCAUUCAUGCCAUUGCCUCUACAAACUCUAUUGUUGCAGCCCUAGAAAUACAGAGAUUGCUGAGUUUCAUUGAAAAUCAUGAUAAGGUCAAGUAUUAUCAAGAUCUAAAUGCUGCUUCCUAUGUUUAAACGGGGAAAAAAGAAAGAAUUCUGACUCUUAAAGCUGCCAGUCCUAAUCCCUUAUGUAAUUCUUGCUUCCAUAAUCAAAUAUACUCUAAGGUUGAUUUCUAAGUUGUAAAAGUAGUGGAUUUAGUAAAUUCACUUAAGAAUUAUCUGAAUUCUGAGAUCAAUAUCGUUUCUCUUUCUCGUAUCAUAUGGGAUGAUGAAGAUGAGGACGAUAACUCAGCCAUCAGAGACAAAAAAUUAACUGAAUUGUUUAAAUUAGAACUAGAUAAUAGACUGAUAAUUAAAUCCAUCGAGGAAAAGUUCUUAGCUGUAUUAUGGUUGUAACAUAUGGCUGGUUAAACUGAAAUCUAGUUUGCUUCCACAAAAAUAUCAGAUAAAAUACUCAGGUUUAAGAAUCCUUUGUAGCAUAAAAAAAAGGAGAGAGUUAGAACAUAGACAGAAAUUAAGGAGUUAAAAGAAACAGAGAUUAUGCCCAUUAAAAACGCAGAGAAAUUUUAAACAGCAGCUUAGAAGUCAACUGAAAUCCUUAUAGACGAAGAACCAAACGAACAAGCAGGACAAAGCAAAAAGGUUGAAUUAGUAAUUGAUUGA